AUGUUCUCCAGCGAGGUGUGGAACUCUUCAGAGAUGUUGCUGAAUGAUUCUGCAAGGAACUUGUCUUUGGAGGAGGUGGAAGAAGGCGAGCACCCUUUCUUGACAGAUGCCUGGCUGGUGCCACUCUUCUUCUCACUCAUCAUGCUGGUGGGACUUGUAGGGAACUCACUGGUUAUAUAUGUAAUCUCAAAGCAUAGGCAGAUGAGGACCGCCACCAACUUCUACAUCGCUAACCUGGCUACCACAGAUAUCAUCUUCCUGGUGUGUUGUGUGCCAUUCACGGCUACCCUCUACCCUCUCCCUGGGUGGAUCUUUGGUGACUUCAUGUGCAAAUUUGUUGCUUUUCUUCAGCAGGUGACAGUCCAGGCCACGUGUAUUACACUGACGGCAAUGAGUGGGGAUCGUUGCUACGUGACUGUGUAUCCUUUAAAGUCUCUACGUCAUCGCACUUCACGGGUUGCCAUGAUUGUAAGCAUCUGCAUCUGGAUCGGCUCUUUCAUUCUGUCCACCCCAAUUUUAAUGUAUCAGAGGCUUGAGGAUGGCUACUGGUAUGGACCAAGACAAUACUGCAUGGAGCGCUUUCCCUCAAAGACACAUGAAAGAGCCUUCAUUCUGUACCAGUUCAUAGCUGUCUAUUUGCUCCCUGUUCUAACCAUAUCAUUCUGCUAUUCCUUCAUGUUGAAGAGAGUGGGCCAGCCAACUGUGGAGCCUGUUGAUAAUAACCAUCAGGUCCACCUGCUCUCAGAGAGAACCAUUUCCAUCAGGAGUAAGGUUUCCAAAAUGGUGGUGGUCAUCGUGGUGCUCUUCACCAUCUGCUGGGGUCCCAUUCAAAUCUUUGUCCUCUUUCAGUCUUUCUACCCCAAUUUUAAGGUCAAUUAUGCCACGUAUAAGAUCAAGACCUGGGCCAACUGCAUGUCGUAUGCCAACUCGUCGAUCAACCCCAUCGUGUAUGGCUUUAUGGGUGCCAGCUUCCGAAAGUCCUUCAGGAAAACAUUCCCCUUCCUCUUCAGACAUGCAGUGAGGGACAGCAGCGUAACCUCCCGUACAGCAAACGCAGAAAUCAAAUUUGUUGCAACAGAUGAGAGCAACACAGAAAGGAAAUGAGCAGCAGGCAGCAAAGAGAAUAAGCACCUUCAUCUGCACAUAGCCAAAUGCUGAAUUGCUGGUACAUCCUGCACCGAAACAAACAGAUGAAUUUGGAAAUUAAAUGAUUUCUUCAGGGAAAUCCAGUGUGUAUAAUAAGGAGAUGACAUGAAAAAGCACAUUUGCAUGCUAAUUCUUUGAUGCAGCUUAACCUUUAUUAUACUUAAGUGUGGCACACAACCAACAACAUGAAAUAAGAGUUAAUACUACAUACUAGCAGUAACAUGAAUGGGAUGUAAAUCAGAGAGGCCAACAUCUUUGCUGAAUGAAUAAAUGUUCUGCCAACAGUGAUAUGCAGGAACCUGUCAGAGAGGAUGUUAACGCCAAUGAUCCUCAUGACUCACUGAGUUGGACACAUACGUUGGUCCUGCACCUCCCUGUGUACACACACUGCUACCUAAUAUAACCCUGUACAUUUUUAUCAUAUUGGGUGGUACCGAUGUUCUUGGUUUGACUCCUGACUCAACCAGAAGUGUUCGUACUUUGACAGCGAGUCUAAACACAUUCAGAGCAUGCUGUAUUGUUAUGUUGGCAAUGCUUUUACUCUGUACAGUUAGUACAGUUAUUAAGGAUGUUAAAUUGCUUUGUAGAUGGACCCACAGCCUAAUCAGAGAAGGAUCAAUGGUGUAUAAAUGCUCUCGUGUGAACAAUGAGCCUUCUGUGACCUUCUGGUUCAAUCUGAAUAGAUUUUCCAUCAUCGUGAUACAAUCACUGGAACACAACACACAACAAAAUA